AUGGUUGAGUGUUACGGCCAUGUCCCUCAGGGAGUGAUCCAGAACGGAGCCAGAAUGAUGAGUCAUGGCCUGUACACAGGAAUACGACCACUACCCAUCAAUCCCGUAGGGAUCAGGACAGCUGCUGACAGAUCAGUGCUGUCCGGAGGCUGUCGGAAGCAUAGCAUCAGCCAUCCCGCCUGCGACUCCCCGUUGGUCAGCAGCGACCCCAAGGAGGACCACACCUACAGCACCAACCAAUCGGAUGAUGGCAGCGACUACACCAGCGACUCCAGUCUCCGCAGCAAUGGCCCAAUUGCCCGGGACGUCGCCAACGAUUCAGACUUUGACUACGAGGACGACGAAGACGACAAGAGCAAGAUCCAGCUGGAGAUCAAGAAGGAGGAGCCGCGCGAUUGGCCUAUAGACACGAUAGACUCCACCCCUUCCAGCCAGCAGCACAACAAGAAGCGGUAUCACUUCCUGAAAGCCAAGCAGCGGAUGGGCGACACCCUCCCGCUAAAGAAACGGCGCACAGAGAAGCCGCCAGAGAGUGAUGACGAGGAGAUGAAGGAGGCAGCGGGUUCGCUGCUCCACCUGGCGGGCGUCCGGGCCUGCUUGAACAAUAUCACCAACAGAACCGCCAAGGGCCAGAAAGAACAGAAAGAACCCACAAAAAACUGAUCACAGAAAGACUGAGAAAGAAAGAGAGAGAGAGAGAGAGAGACUAACCUGAGAGAGUGAAGAUUUUAAAAGAACAAAAAUAAGAGAGAGAAACGGAAAUACGAAACAUCACUUUUAAUAUAGAAAUGUACACUUUCUUUUUUCCAGGACAUCAGGUGAAUUCUGAAAGAUUUGUGGCAAUAUCAAAAUCAAUCACUUUGUUUUGCUAUCUUUAAAGUUAAUGUUUUUGAAGGUUGCAAAAAAUAUGUUUUUUAUUUGUUUAAAGGAUAUUAAAGCCAUAGACAAAACUUUUUCUGAUAUUCAACUAAGUUAGCAGGUUUCUGUUGGCUGAAAGUAACACGAAUGAGAAACAAAAUUACCUUUUUGGAAAACUGCCCCAUCCAUGGAUUGGCUUGGAUGUAUGAAUAGAAUAGGGGAUCAAAUUGUUAUUCAUUUCAAAAUGUACCUCAAACCCAAACUAUUGCCCUUUACAGGCUCAUCAGACACAGCUAACACUAUAUAAUACAUUUCAGCAGGCUCAUACACUUGUUAUUUCUGUGGAAUUUCCUGGUACAAAGUUCCUAUGGGGUGCUUAUCACUGACUAUUUUGUUUUUACAGUGAUAUAGAUCAUUAAAAUGUAAUAAAGUAAGUAUUCAGGGUCAGAUCUUAACUUGAGAUAGAUUGAUGUCUAUGGCCUGCAUAUUCCUGUUAGGAUGUGACCAUAUACCUCAAUAUGUCACAAUAAACAAGCACAAAUACACAUGCUAUACUGGCUAAAGCAAUGUUAUAUUAGUCAACUAGGUCACUGAAAUAACACAGGUAUAUGCUGAAGUAACGCAGGUAUAUCCCCUUUGUUCAGCAUCAGACUUUCGAAAACAAUGGUGCUAAUAUCUCAGCUAUUUAAAAAAUAUAUAUUUAAAACCUAGUUUGCCAAACUCUGUCUUGUCUGUGUGCGAAGAAGCUUCCCCAGAUAUUUUUUGGACAUUAAAUUAUGUGAUGCUGUUAGCUUAGUGACCAUUAGCCUAGCCAAGCUCAUAGAAAAUAUACUCAUCAGUUAGCCUAGCCUACCUAAGCCCAUAGAAAAUAUACUCAUCAGUUAGCCUAGCCUAACUAAGCCUAUAGAAAAUAUACUCAUCAGUUAGCCUAGCCUAGCUAAGCCCAUGGAAAAUAUACUCAUCAGUUAGCCUAGCCUAGCUAAGCCCAUAGAAAAGACACUGGGUAGCCAGUUUUUGUAUGUCCUUCCUUUGCGUGUCAGUGUUGGAACAGUGCCAAAUAUGAAUUAUUGGUCAGCCCACUGAUAAUGGUAGCACUUCCUUAGCUAACUGUCUUUCUGACUGCUAAUCACAUUUAGCCACCGGCGCUAGCUAGUAUGCCAAGGCAGCGGGAACAGUGUUGUUUUCCCCUUAAAGGUUGACUGUAGGACUGUAGUGAGGUGACGUUCGCUGGUACAAGUGGGAUGAAGGAAGGGUUUGUUGUUUUCUGACGUCGUCUUCUCUUAAAGUAAGCUAAUUGAGUUUGGUAAAAGCCAUAAGCUAAUAGUCUGGCUAGCGCUUAUCAGAGAGUAAAAUAACUGAAAAUAUGUUGAGAGAACCUCAAAAUUGCCUGUGUCCUUUUAUGAAAGCAAUCAACAUGAAUAACUAAAAUAUACUCCAGUGAUACGUUAUAGUGAUAUUCUCCCCUUGGCACAAACACCUGAUCACCUUCAUGUGUUGGAUGGGAAAUUAUGCUGCGAAACCUGCCACAUUUUAUUUCAUGUGAGAAGAACAAUGAUGACUGUGGAGCUGUUUAUUUUUUUGUUGGUUUGUGUUUACUAACCUACCCUCAUGACGUAAUAAAGCAAUUUCAUCCAGUCAGGAUAACACUGUAUAAAAAGUUAAACUAGAGUUUUGGAUUUGUUUCUUAAUUUAAGCAAUGUAGCCAGCAUGAUUUUUUUUCUCCAAAUCGUGUUGUAUGGGUUCUGUAAUGAAAAAGCGAAAAAAUGUUUUAUAUUCAUACAAAGAUCAUGUAAGGUAAAUAAUGUAUUUAGCAUGAAGCAUGAAUUAUUUUCAUAUAAGUAUCCUAGCGAACAAAAAGGUUCUGCCUGGAAGUUCUGCGCCCAGAGGUGUGGACUCCUUCUCUGUUGUUUGGUCUUGUCUUUUUGAUUUGAUGGUUCCGUCCUUGUCAUCCUCACUCAACCUUGUUUUAACUUGGGCUUUCAUACAGUAAAACAACCUUAUUCAGGGGACAAAAAGCUGGUCUGUUGGGCAAAUCUCUGUCUGCAAUAUGACGGUACCUCUCUCUCCUCCCAUUGGUGGAUGAUAACUUCCUUCAUCCAUAGUGGAUAAAACUGUCCCAAUGUUUGUUUGUAGUCACUAGAUGGACAUGUUAGAAAGGACACAACUGUCAGACCUUCUUGGCAUGAAGAUGAGUUAUUUCUUGAUUAAAAGGACCAAACGUCCUCUGUCUUCUCCGGACGUAUAAUGACCUCUGUUGUCUGAUGGGUUCUCCGGCAUGGACGUAUAAUGACCUCUGU